CGACAUCGACGCACCAUUGCUAUACGUACGCAUUCAGAUCGGAGAGGCGACCUGCAGUGCCUUGAUCGAUUGCGGAGCAUCUCGCAACUACAUCAGCUAGGACUUCAUGGUACGCGCCGGCCUUGGCCCACGUGUCUGGAGGAAGUCCCAGCCUACGCAAGUCACUCAGGCAGACGGUCAUACGCACAAGUCCAUCGACCGGUGCAUUAACGCCGUCCCAGUGUACUUUGCCCGUCACGCAAGUGAGGCGGUGUCCUUUGACAUUCUGGACACCAAAUUCGACAUGAUCUUGGGCAUGUCAUGGCUGCGAAGCGAGGAUCACCCAGGGAACUUCUUCAACCGCACCGUUCACAUUCGUGAUCGGAACGGAGUAUUAGUUUCAUGCACGGUGCCUCUUCCUCAUCCUUCGAUCAGCUGCCACGUGGUAUCCGCCGCAAGCAUGCGAGCUUCCAUCAUCAGAGACGACAUCGAGGAGAUGGGGGUGUAUUUUCUCCAUGCCCUCCCGCCACAUGACGCUUCAUCGACGGACUCACCUUCGGAUCCACGCAUCACCGAACUUCUCGACACCUACAGCGACGUGUUCGAAGGCCCGCACAGAGUAGUACCGGAUCGACCCAUCCGCCACGAGAUCAUCCUCGAGGACGGGGCCGUACCUCCGCGCGUUUGCAUAUACCGAAUGAGCGAGGAAGAGUUAAGUGUGCUCCACGCACAACUCGACGACCUUCUAGAGAAAGGCUGGAUUCGGCCUAGCUCAUCGCCAUACGGUGCUCUUGUUCUCUUUGUCCGGAAUAAGAACAAGGACAUGCGGUCGUGUAUCGAUUAUCGCAAGCUCAACGCGCAGACGAUCAGGAACGCCGGCCCUCUCCCACGCAUCGAUGAUCUUCUCGAGCGAUUGGGCGGCGCCCAGUUUUUCUCGAAGCUGGAUCUCAAGUCAGGGUAUCACCAACUCGAGAUUCGCAAGGAGGACCGUUACAAGACCGCAUUCAAGACACGGUAUGGGCAUUUCGAAUGGCUGGUUAUGCCAUUUGGCCUUACGAAUGCCCCGGCCACUUUCCAAGCGGCUAUGACAACGGAGUUCCGAUACAUGCUGGAUCGAUACGUACUUAUCUAUCUCGAUGACAUCCUGGUGUACAGUCGGAGUUUGGAGGAGCAUGUGGAACACCUGCGCACCGUUUUGGAGCGGCUACGACAGGCCAAGUACAAAGCCAACCGCGACAAGUGGGAAUUCGCGCGGAUUGCUGCACCUAUGACGAGGUUACGGUUGCCAAAGGUGCCAUUCGUAUUCGAUGAUGACGCACGCCGGUCAUUCCAAGCACUUAAGACGGUCAUGCUCAUGGCACCCAUCCUUAGCAUCUAUGACCCCACCUUGCCGACGAGAGUGACUACGGACGCUUCCGGCUAUGGCAUUGGGGCAGUCUUGGAACAGCAUGACGGCGACGACUGGCACCCUGUGGAGUAUUUCAGCCACAAAGUGCCUCCCAUCAACUCGCUUGAUGAUGCAAGGAAGAAGGAGCUACUCGCGUUCGUCAUGGCUCUCAAGCGAUGCGGCACUUCCUCCUUGGGCGUCGUAGAAGAGUUUGCACUGGAACAGGAUGUUUCACGCAAACUGCUUCCCAAGUGGUUUGGACCUUGGUCUGUGACAGCAGCCGCGGGCGAUGAGCCCGAUGGCCCUUCAUUUGUGAUCAACAUUCCUGAGCAUCUGACGGUCCAUCCGGUCUUCCACGCCUCGAAGCUGGCAACAUACACGCCAGCCAAGAGCGACGACUUUCUGGACCGACGAUCGCAGGACCCUCCUUCUAUGGAUGGCCAUCAGGAAGUUGACCGCGUCAUCUCCGAUCGCAAGUACGGCAGCAAGCCGCGGCAGUACAAAGUCACAUUCAAAGUAUGCGAUCGCAACGACACUCGGUGGAUUUCAGGCGCAGAUUUGAAAGCAUCCGCACCGCUGAUUUACGCGCAUUAUGAAAAGCGCAUGUUAGCUCAGGAAGCUUCACGACCAGCCCCUCCUACCCGAACUGUGGUCCCUCCCUCAGACAGACAGCUUCGCCCUCGCAGGUAAGCUCGGUUCUUCAAGGAGAGGGGGGUGUGGCAUACUGCGUAGCCACACGGGCCCUGCAGGGCCCGUCCCGGACAUUCGGCCUAAAAGCCUAAAACUUAG